CCAGCGGAUUUCUUCAGCCCUCAGUCCGCUCUCCCUCGAAGCUCCACCUCUCUGCUUCAGGCCGCUGCCGGGAGCACUUGCCGUCCCCUCGUCGCUUUGUUCUGUGAUGCCGUCCUGUUUCCUGGCGUCUAAUUGAGCUCUCCAUUCCUUCCCCCGUAUACCCGCUGUGCAUCUGCGAUCCAUGGUUCACUGAGGCUUGACGUGCCAGAAUGCUCGCGUCGUCCCAAGUGCUUCGCCGAGCGAUUCUUCCCCGGCGGUGCGGUUUCUAACGAGAAUGAAAACGGUUCCAACGCUUUGUGCUACUGCCACUGUCGUUGGUGCAUCUGCCGUCGGCCUGUCUUUUGGACGCGGCUCCCCCCUCGACCCCUCGAACUCGAACAAGAGGAAAGCCACCCCAGCACAAGAGCUGGGACACGGCUCGAUGCCUACCACUACCCAAACCUCCUCUGCGACAACGACCACGGUCGCCCCCUUCAGUACCCCUAUACCGUUCGCCCCUACAUCACGCAUCCCAAUCGCGACUCGGCCCCAGGAUGGUCGUCCCCAGAGACGGCCAAUGAUGAGAAGCAUGACGAGCAGCGACGCGCACACGCGACCGCCAAGUUCUGUGAUCAAUGGCUUUGCCGCCAGUGAACACGGCGCAAACGAGUCGGACGUCGGCACCCACGUGUCGUCGAGAAGGGCCUCGUGGGUGAAGCGCCUCUCGGCCAUCUCAGUCUCGCAACACUCGAGUAAAAACCCCAGCCCUGCGCAAUUGUCUCCGGCCGUGUCGUGCUCGAAUGGUUCUGUAGCUUUGUCUCACGACGGCGCAACUGUGCCGAUGACGGGCAGGCCCCAGCUACCACCAAACAAGCUCGUCAAACGGACCUCGUCAGCGCGUGCGCCGCGUGACAUACAGUCUGCCCACGGUUCUGGUUCCGUUCGUCCCUCGUUUCGCCGCCCUGCAACCAGCCAUCAACGGUCUGCGACCCUGCAGAACUUCCGCUCCUUGCUGCCGGUGACAAGAGAGUCGCCAUCGCUGGACCUUAAGCCAUCUUCGGCGAGCACUGAUAGUGAGGCGGAGUACACGCAUUUCUUCACCGCGACAUCGUUUCGAGGCAGAAGACUGUCAAAGCGCUUCCAGUCCAACCCAACAAAGUUCAAGCGCAUCUUUCCAGACGAGAAGCAUCGACCUACGUUGGUUCUGGCAAGAGCGGUCACGGCUGCCGAGGAGCUGGAAGACACGGCAAGCGAAGCAGGUGAAAGCGUGUUUUACGUGAGCAGGCCAGGCACCCCACUGAGCUACACAGCGGCUGUCGCAGCACCCGCUCCGUACUUCACCGAGAACACACACACACGCCCCGAUACUGCUGUGUCUUCUACUGCUGUUUCUGGGGAUGCCUCGGGGCGCAGGCGCUCUUUCUCUCUUGCUGACCUCCUCCCCACUGGAUUAAGUGCCAAGAAACAGCGGCUCGCCAAACAACCUGGUAUGAAACUCACCCGUGGGUCAAGCCAGCGCAUCCGAUCUGAUCCCGUAAUACCAACGAUGGGCAAGCGCUCCAAUGCCGCGUCCGCCGAUCUGCCAGCGCGACGCAAUUUGACAGACCCGGCGCCUCCCAGACGUGACAUUUUCGCGUCUCCCGAGUUAAGUGAACCCAACUUUAAUCGCGAUGGGGCGAUUGGAGGCUCCCCAAUGUCGCCAAUGUCCGCGCUACCGCCGCUCCGUCGCGCGAUGACAGUCCCUGGAAACAGGUUGGCGUCAAUGCCUCAGCUAGAGGCUAUUGCCUCAGCCGCGCCAGCCACCAAUCAGACCCCACCAUCGCCCUCGGCCUUAGCGCAAGCGGGCGUUCGCCCGUCGCGUCAUUCCACGGCUCCCUCUGAACAAGCUUCAACAUUGGUCGGCUCUUCCGAUAUUGAGGUUCGCGAAGACGACGCUGAUCUUCGAAGCGAAACUCUUUAUGAUUCGCUGCGCACCGGCGCAACUAGGAGUGUGUCUGGCGGUGCUCGAGGACCUCGCAUUGAGACCAUAUUUGACGAGUCUCCCCCUGCCAAGCUCAGAGUUACAGCCCUUCGCGACUUGCUACCCUCGGGUACCUUCAAAGACGACUUCACAAAUGGUUCUUCUGACGAACGCAGCAUUGCCCAGGACGAUGAAAGCUUCGCGACUCCAGUGCGCACCACAGAACGACCAGAGCACCACCUUCAGGAAGCUGCCAGCUUUUCGCGACCGUCCAGCACAUCUGCUUUUCCUAGCCUGAUGCCAACGUCGCCCCCGAGCAUGCCCAAGCCGCUGUCUCUUGGGACGCUCGAAUGGGAUUCUACAGUGGGCGACGACGACAGGAGUAUCAGCCACCUCGCAACACCAAUCACCCUGCGGCGCUCCAACCCGCGCUUCCUUGCUUCGCUUCCAAACUCGAAGCCAUCGACUCCACAACUCGCCGCGCAUGAUCACAUCGAUCGCGAUGCUCGCAGCAGCAUUUUCGAUUGGUCCGAACAGCAGCCUGCCGAUAAGAGUUCGGGCAAUCGUACACCGCCACGUCCUCGAACCGUUCACGGCAAGAAGGAUGCGAAUCGAAGAGACAGUCGAUCAGUUGGUAGGCGUGUUCCAAGCGGGUUGCAUGCACGUAGCCAGAGUGUGCCUGUGGUUCCAGAUGUGGUAGGUAAGCGUAACACGGUUGUCACGAACAAGUUUGGCACCUGGGGUAUUGGCAGCAAAGGUGUCACAGAAGACUGGAACGACGACUUUGAUUUCUCCGAACUCCCCGAGGAACCCACCCCCAAGACCGUAGCCGGAUCGCAACGCAUCGACAGCGGUUCAGCCAUGGUUGUGCCUAAGAGCAUACAAGAGCAGCAGAACAACGUGCUGGCAAAUAUCAGUCUCUUGCGCGAAUGGGGCCUUCUCAUCGAAGAACUCAAGGAGCACAGAAUUCGUGCUAUUUCGCUUGGUAUUGUCGAAGGGCCGCACAUUGGAGUGUGGGAGGAGGUCGAUGCUAUGAUUGAUCUUGCUGAUCAAGAAGCGGAACCCGAAGAGUUGCCGGCAUCUCCCCCUUCCUCGCCAGAGUUCGACGAUGAUGGCUUCGACGAGAUUUCUACAAGUCCAAACGUGAGUCGCGGAAGGCGCAAAUCGGGGUCACCGAACGACGAACUCAGCAAGCCACAAACCGUGCGCCCCAGGAAAUCCAUCCUACCGCCAAACGACCGAAUCUUUGGGCCCCACACUUCUCCGGUACCACCGAAGCCGAAAUACGAAGCGCCAGCCACACCUGAAUCAAGACCUAUUGUUACGCGCCCUCGCAAAGACUCGGAGGCCAAAGCACGUUCGGUCAUCGAAGCACUGCAGUCCAGGAAAGGUGUUUUCGAAUCUCCCGCAAAUGCACCUCCUACACCGUCGCCCAAGAAAGUACCCUUCGACACCGCGACACUGCGACGCAUUGUUCCCUAUGUCAGCACACUGACACGCAAAGUCAAGGAUAGUAUCAGGGAUGCAGAGGGUCUCUAUUACAGUCCAAACACAAGCCCACACCACGAAGAGCCUCCGUUUGCUAUGAGCCCUUUCCAACAAGACGCGGAGCUCGCAUCGCACAUGAAACUAAUGACAGUAAUGUAAAGUCACAGUCUUCGAUGAUGUUACGGUUUUACGAGCAUACUGGCUAUACGCCCA